UUAUCAGCUGGCUCAUCAUUAAUACACUCCAAAACUAUUUUCAGAUAAUUUUAUCUGUUUAUCAGCUGGUUGUUGAAGUGGAUUGUUCACAGUACAGUGUUUUACCUUCAAUAAUUUCAGGAAAUGGAUGGCUUAACAAUUCCCAAAUCAGUAGUGAACAAAUUACGGUGUCAGUCAUGCGAAGAAUUCAUAUCCUGCGGACCAGUGUCAAUGUUACCAAACAAUCGACCCUUGUGUGGAAGAUGCAAACCUAAAGCACAAGCGUUCCGUAACUUCAGUUAUGAAACGUUGGCGUCGAUAUUUCUCUUCCCGUGCAAAAACUGGGUGAAUCAUUGUCCCAAAAACUUAAUGUGGAACGAAAGCCUCCAACACGAAAAGCAGUGCACGUACUCCGGUUGUCUUUCGUUUUUCUGCAAACAUCCAGGAGCAUGUUGUGCCGAAAAAAAUCGGAUUCCUAACCACUUAACUAUGAACAGGUUGUUUCCAUUGCCCGAUAUUAUAGCGGAUUUGACUCCGAUGCAAUGCAGUUAUUGUUUCGGAUAUUUGUCCAGCGGACCCAUUUAUUUGCAAGACACUGGACACAACGUAUGUCAUAGAUGUCCAUUAGAAUUGCCUAAUCCUUCAUAUGUGCGAAAUUAUGAAUACGAGGGACUGGCUUCGAUUAUGUUAUUUCCUUGUCUCUUUAAAAAUAAGGGUUGUCCCCAAAGAGUCCAAUUUGGAGAUAGAAAUCACGAGUUAAAUUGUUCGUACGGAAAAAUAUAUCAAAAACAGACAAACAAAGUGACAAAAAAAUUACAGGACGGUGGAUAUGCCACACCGAAAUCCAAGGGAGUUAUACAGACUCAUUCAGGACAUAUGUUUGGAACAAUUAACGACAAACACCUUCCAUUAGGAGCCCCACCAAAAGACGGCAUCAACAACAGACAACUAAUGAAAUCGUUGCACAAGAAGCAGGAACAACGAAAAGGAAUUCCAUGCAUGGAUUCAGAUUCUAGCAGUGAGGAAUCAAUACAAACAACCACGAACACUGUCCGCGACGAAAUUUAUUUCAACGCCAGACGAUUGGAUGAACAAUACUCAAGGAGUACCGAAGACGUAGGCUACGACAACCGCGGUUACCAACCAGACUCGAGACAUCAACAUCAAAUUUUAAACGCUCAGCAUCUACAUAACGACGUGACGCGCAAUUAUUACGAUCAUGAGAGUCGCAAUCCUGUCGCCAGGAAUUAUUCGGAUAGGCACAAUGUCAGGAACUAUUCGGAUAGAGGUAGACCAGCCCCUGCGCAGUUGGUUCACAGGGACAUGUCGUUCAGGAACAAUAACGAUCUACCGAAUCCAAGUGGAGCGGGUGUUGUCAGACGAACUAGUUCCAGAAAUGAUGCUUUUCUUAACGAGUUAAGAAGGAAGCAACAGGGCAAAUUAGAUCCAAAGCAUGACAGAAGGUAUCAAGCGAUGGCUGGAAUUUACUCAUAAUAUCUCAACAUAUAUUUAUGUAAAAAUAUAUACUCUAACUUGUAAAUAUUGUAAAACGCAGAUCUUCUAUAUCACUGUUCAUAAAAUUCAUAAACGUACCAUAAAUAAUAGUUAAGGAGUAGAACAGUCAAUAUAAUACCCCAAUUAUUAUAUUAUUAAGUUGUUGUUCACUAUACUUGUUGAUUAAUAUCAAGAAAAUAGAUAUUUUGAUAAUGUAAUCUGAUAAUAAUAAGUUUUAUCUCUAUUUACUGUUCCGUAUUACCUUAAACGAGCCCCAAAUUAUUAUUCUUAAUGAUGAUUUGUUGUGAUAUUUUAUUAUAUCAUGUCUUCUUAUAAUAUCAUAUUAAUUCAUAUUUAUUAAUAAACUAUUAUAAUGAUUCAUUUUGAA